AUGGCUUUUAGACCUCCUUCUUUCAACCCAACUCCAGGGAUGAAACAAAAGUUAAGGUAUACGCCAGCUCCAUUCAUUUUAGGACCUCAAAAAAUGAACAUCGCUCAACCUUUAUCUCGAGCUUCUGAUGUUACAGAAUUAGAGUUAUCCAACGCCUUACCCAAAAGGAAAACUUUCAUUUCUUAUUAUUAUCAAUUCCCUAAAAUUCCAAGACCUAAAAGAAAUGUCUUGUACUACACUUCAUGGAAAAGAAAUCCUAGUGAUGCUAAUAAUUCCGUUCAAAGAAGAUUAAGAUUACCAAAUAUUAUCAGUAAACGAUCAUUUUCAACGGCUAACCAAAAGAUUAGGAACCAAACAUCUAAUAUUCAUCAAAGAUUCUUUUCAGCUGAAGCUCGUAAGGAAAGAAAACAACGUAGAAGAUUUAUCAGAUGGUGGACUUUAACUUCAUUGGCAGUUUUGUUAGUAGGAGUUGCAGGUAAAAUCAAAGCUAAAAAUGGUAAUUAUGAUGAUGAUGAUGAAUUUAUUCCUCAUAAUGAAUAUGCCAUUAAACCUGAAUCUUGGAAAUUAUAUAUCUACUCAACUUUACCUUUAAAAGCCAUCUCCAGAUUAUGGGGACAAGUCAAUUCAAUUAACUUACCUGUGUGGUUAAGAUCACCAUCGUAUAGACUCUAUUCAAGUUUAUUUGGUGUUAAUCUUGAUGAAAUGGAAGAAGAAGAUUUAAGAACUUUCAAUAAUUUAUCUGAUUUCUUCUAUAGAACUUUAAAACCAGGAGUUAGACCAAUUGAUGAUUUUGAUUUAGUUUCACCUUCAGAUGGUAAAGUUUUAAAAUUUGGUAUCAUUGAAGAUGGUGAAAUCGAACAAGUUAAAGGGAUGACUUAUUCAGUUGAUGCGUUAUUAGGUUUCAAAACCGAAAGAUUAGCUGCUCCUUCUCAUUCCUUAGAAUUCAAUCAUGAUGAUGAUGAAACUAUCUAUCAAAGAGAUCAAGAAUUCGCUAAAUUGAAUGGUAUAACUUAUACAGUAGAUGAUUUGAUUGGUGGAGGAGAUGAAGCUAAUCAUUUAAAUGAUUUAGAUUAUAAAGAUGAAGGUGAUAGAGUAAUUUCAGGUUCAAAUCCUCCAAUCUCUAAAGAAUUAUCAAUUGCUAAAGAUUUGACUCCAACACCUUUGGAAAAAAUUGGUUUAAGUGGUAAGAAACAAUUAUAUUUUUCAGUGAUUUAUUUGGCUCCAGGAGAUUAUCAUAGAUUCCAUUCUCCAACUAAUUGGGUUACAACUUUAAGACGUCAUUUUAUUGGUGAACUUUUUUCAGUAGCUCCUUUCUUCCAAAAAACUUUACAAGGAUUGUUUGUAUUGAAUGAAAGAGUGGCUUUAUUAGGAUAUUGGAAAUAUGGUUUCUUCUCAAUGAUUCCUGUUGGUGCUACUAAUGUUGGUUCAAUUGUUGUUGAUUUCGAUAAAGAUUUGAAAACAAAUGAUGCUUUCGAACAUGAAGUUUACCUGAAAAAGUCAAUUGAUGAAACCACUCCUUUAUUGGAAGCUGAUGAAUCAUCGCUUUCACUUGAAGAUAAACGUAAACGUACUAAAAAGAAUACUGUCUAUGAAGCUACUUAUACUAAAGCUAGUAGAUUAUUAGGAGGAUUCCCAUUAACUAAAGGUCAACAAUUUGGUGGGUUCAAAUUAGGAUCCACUGUUGUUUUAGUUUUUGAAGCUCCAGAUAAUUUCAAGUUUGAUUUAGAAGUUGGACAGAAAGUUAAGGUUGGACAAAGAUUGGGUAGUUUUACUUGA